AUGGUGUCUAGUAAGAUUAACAACCAGGGAAUGUCAGCAGAAAUGUUUGCUACUUACCUCAAUGUAACCAACUUUCCAUUCAACGAAUUUAAAAAAGGAUCUCGGAUAUACUUUGAGAUUAUGUUUAGAUGGAAGUGUGAUGAUCCAAUCAAGAACACCGUUGUUACGUUACAAGACAUUCUUAUUGAAAUGGAAAGAUCGGACAUCGUCGAAGACAUUCGUUGCUUUGAUAAAUCGCAAUACCGAGUUGAUACAGAAUUCCUAGGGUGUGACGAGGAGGUAUCAGAUUCAGAUUUUAGAACUUUAGAACAGCGUUUAUCAACGGACUACAUCCCUCUUGUGCGGUUCCUCGGACUCCCACAUCACAUUAUUCAGCAAAUAGAGGCUGACUACUCAAAUUCCAUCCGGAAACGGAUAUUUAUGUCAAUGAAGAGAAUCGCCACAGAUUUCAAACCACUAAGAAAACUGGAACUUUGCAAUGGACUCGUGUACAUAUCUAGAAAAGAUGUUAUUGACGCCCUCCAUCAUAAGUGGAAUUGCGUCAAGUCUACACUACCCUGUGAAAUUCCAGGAUUUAGUGAAGUCUAAAAGAACUGGUGUUUUUCACAUUUUGAAACAUUGAAUUCUACAUUUGUUGUCUAUCAAAUAUGGUUCCUGUUUCAAUUUAGAACUGUCAAUGAUGACAAACAUUUGUAUGAUUUGUGCUGAUCUCAGGAGCAGAUCCAGGAAUUGCGUUGGGGGGAGGCAACUGUAUGCUGCGGGGGAUCUUGCCGGAUCUUGUUUAUGUUGCAUUAUCACAUUGAACACAUAUAGGGCUCACGGCAGGUGUGACCGGUCCACAGGGGAUGCUUACUCCUCCUAGACACAUGAUCCCACCUAAGGUGUGUUCAGUGAUCCGUGUCUGCGCAACUCUCUGUUUUGUAUUUCUUAUAAGAGUUAUGCGAUUGAUCAUUGUUCGUUAUAUUCACCUUUCAUUGUACAGAAUGCUGUGAAUCUAGAAUAAGAUGACUUUAAAUGAGAAUUGUAUUUUGACAUUGUUAUAAGUUUUUGAACCUUUUCAGAUUGAUACUUUUAUGUGGUUUGUAAUUCCCUUUGGCGAUAACAUUGCCGGUUAUUUUUUGUAUUGUACUAUUACAUUGUACAUAAUUCUGUGAAUGCAGUAUAAAUAUGUAAUAUCCUCUAUAUAAU